AUGCGUGUCACCAAAGCCAUCGUUGUCACCAGUUUUUGCCUUGCCCAAGCGGCUAGCGCAAUGGUUCUCACGGACUGCGUCAAUGCUAUCAAUAACAUCAGCCCUCGGGUCUUUAUUGAAAACGUCCAACGUCAGUCUUGCAAAUUCGGAUGUCAGCCACGGCCAGACGAUUGGGACGUCUUUGGCAAAGAUACCAUGCGUGAACUAGUAAACGAUGGUGCCGCACAGUUAGACAUUGACGAAGGCAAGGAAGCAUUCGUCGACUUUCUGGAGAGCAUUUUUCAGGAGCUGCGAAAAAAAUGUGGUCCUAAGUUUGACAAAGCACACGGCUGUCAAGACUCGCCGGAGUUGGAAGAAGCAAUGAGCUGUGUCGACCAGUACAGUCGGGUUGCUAAGCUUCGCGCGGCCCCCGGUCUUCUCCCUUAUGUUACUGCGGAGCGUUGCAGGAAAGUUGGCAACUAUUUCCAAAGCCCCGAAUUGUGGGAAAAGAGCUUCCCAGCUCGUGCAAAAAAUUACAUUGAUCACUGCCAUGAUCUUUGA